UGGAACGGUCUGACCUAAUUGUGCGCAUUCUUUGAGGAACAAAAGCGACAUAAUCAACGGAUUUCGAGGUAUGGAAGGCAGCUAUUGAAGGCUUAUGUCAUUAGAGGUCCAGACUGCUUCCUGGACUGUUAACGUACAUUGAUGGCGGUCACUUCCUGUAUUUAGGCCGAGUUGGAGAAGAGAUCACACAUCGGUGUUAACCUUUAACGAGGUUACAGGACGCAAAACACAAUGGAAAACACCAUGGUUGAUGACAUGUUCACAAACAGCCAGGACGCCGUCUCAACACUGACAAACCGAAGCAACUACCUCGCCGAGCAAGGAUCCACCUUCGGCAAUCACUCCAUCGUUGCGUGUAGUAUCCCCUCCUCGCUCUGUCAAAGACAAGCUACUUCCACCGUCCAGCAACCGAUAAUAUCGACUGGGACGGUGCCAGGUUCGGUUCCAGCCAUGUCCGAGAGUUCCCAGAUGGUGUACCACAGAAUGACCAGUCCACAGCUCAUGUCUUGGCCGAUAAGCCAGACCAUGGACCCGGCUACAAUCAGGCGUCUCAUGACCCCUCUCCAUGUGGUCACCUCCUUCCGAAACGACAAUUUCCCUCUGUAUCCUCAAGAUGCAUCAACUACCGAAGGCGGGGGACUCCUCAAGAUUGCCACAGAGGUUCACCCGUACCGCCCGCCCACUGAGGUCCAACAGUAUACCUCCAUGUAUUCAAGUAGUCAAGGGCCUGGCUAUCAAGAUUCCAUGAUGACUGGUCAUCGGCCAAGUAGCUGUCCAACUCUGGCCGUCGCACCCAUUACCAACGGAGAAAUCGGCGGUAUUAAAAGACCAGCAUCAGAAGAGCCCGCCCCCAACGUCAACUGGCCCCAGCUGAAGAGGAGGAAAGGCCGAACGACAUUCACCAAGGAGCAAGUUGACAUGAUGGAGGCUCAUUUCCAGACAAGCAUGUAUCUGACUGUACGAGAACGCAGGGAACUAGCCCAACAACUUGCACUGGAGGACACACAGGUUAAAACCUGGUUCCAAAACCGACGCAUGCGCUGGAAGCGACAACAUCCCGAGAAGCAACUGACACCUGCCAAACCUCCAACAUCACGUCGAUCUCGUACCCAGGUUGUCAGACCUAUGCAAUGCCCUCCGACAGCAUCACAGCCAGACCAGUUUGUGGUUCCAACCCCGCCACCGAGUGUGAGCACGCCCUCUGCCGUCGCCAGUAACACAAGACAGUCCAGUGAGUUGCCAAUGACGUACCCGAUGCUACCGCCCUCUCCUAUCUAUAACCACAGAAUGGUGGCGCCCUCGCUGCAGGACAACUGUUACCCUGCCCAGGCAGUCUACGGUGUCCCAGUAUUCCCUCAUCACCUUCCAACUGGGUUCGGCAUGCAUCCCUGGAUGUCGACUAACGCAGUUGGACCGCAUGGGGGCGCCCAGUAUCCCCCUCGUCAUGUGUAAGUUUCCUGCAUGUUUCAGCAUGCAUAAACCUGUUAGCCGAGGUGCCACGAUUGGCCUUCUUAAGUAUCAUCGAGGCUUGAGUAAAAUGGGCAGCCCCGCCUACAACUAAACAGUGACCAGUGUUUUAGGCCGGACACCAGUUUGUAUGACAAAGGACACCAGUUAUAUGCGUGCGUCUGUUAUUGAGGUAAAUGAAAUAAGAAAAUAUCAUCGACAAUUUUAUUUUUCUAUUACCAGUUUAAAGCAGUGACGCCUAAUACCUCUGUAUAUAUAGUUUGCAAUAAUGAAAUAAUUAUGUAUUGAACUAUCAGACAGAAUCAUUUAUUUGUUAUUUACGAAAGUACUGCAUGGCCAUUUUAAGCUGCCUACAAUCACCUGUAAAUGUGUUAUUAUUGAAGGUUACAAAAAAAAGUUGUUAAUGGCAGAAUGGGCCCACUGCUCUCGCAUGAAGCAAUAUGUGACGAUUCCCCUCCCGAUUAAACAAUUAGCUAUAUCCAAACAACAUCAAAAAGGAUAAACUCUUCUUGAAUUUUGAAAACUUAUAUAUCUGCAUUAUUUCUUAUAGUAUUCUUAUAAAUCUGCAUUAUUUCUUGUAAUAUUCUUAUGCUUAAUGUGCGAACUAGUAUAAUGUCUCAUCUUUAUAAAACAUGAACAGCUGCAACUUGCAGAUAAGGUUUAUAUUGCCUCCAUACAUUUGACAGCACCCGAACUAAAAAAAUUGUCAAAUGUUGAUGCGUUUAGCUCCGCAGUUACUCUUAAAAUCGGGCUUUUCCCCUGGUUUCUUUCGAUUCAUCCGUUCUGUUGCACUUGGGUUGCGCCAUGAAAUAGCCGUCAAUCUUCAAUUAUUGAGGACAGCGCCCUCGGAUGGCCUUUCCCGUCCUGAAGAAAAGAACCAGUGUUUGCGUGUGAUAUUAUUUGUGGUCGUUUUCUUUUGAAAGGAUCAGAGAAUAAGCCUCUGUACUGAUGACGUCACACUUUGUUUACAUGUGUGCAUUCCUAUGAUGCUAAGUGGGCCCCCACUGGCUCCAUAGGAGAGUGCACAUGUAAACAAAGUGUGCCGUCAUCAGUACAGAGGCUUAUAGGUUGUUGUUUGUAAAGAUUAUUAAAUAUGUGUUCAAAAACCUGACAUCAUCCUUCCAACUUGUCAUCCGAGUCAAACUAUUGGGCAAAGGUGAGACUUAAAAGCAAGUCUAAUUCACAAGCGACAGUCUAGUCUGUCGGGGAGUUAGUCAGUCAGUCAGUCAAUCAGUACAAAGGGGAAACUAGUGAUUGUAGGCUUGACCAGCAAAACUGCGAUGCCAGGAAAAUCAGAUUUUCCAAAACCCUUCAUCGGAAGUGGGCAAAAGAAGGAAACUAUAAAGCUAAGAAAACAUGGUUUUCACCCCACGGUCGCUGCCUUUGAAUUAUGCAUCUCACAUUCUCCCAGUCUCGCAAAUUAUGACUGUUAACGUCGUCCACCAUGCAUCAUCUCCGGCGAAUUCGGUAUCAGACCGCCUAAUCAGGUCUCGUUACCAAAAUCUCAACGGUGCCAUUACGGUCGUAAUUUGCCCUGAUUGCGGACCACUUAUAAACCGUGACCAAUAAAUUAAGGGCCUGAUUACUCGUAGGACCAGCCAUGCGCUACCUGAUUAAUGCUAUAGUUUUGUUUUGUCCCAGCAAUUUUUUCUCCAUGAAAUUUUAAUGCCGACGUCUUUAGUGUGUCGGGCUGCCGGCUCACCAUUUGCAUAUCAUUUAUCUUCCCUCUCAAUAGCUCCCUGGGAUGGAGGGGAAAUUGUUGAUCCAUUAUUUUCUUUUUGGUCGGGAUGCACUUCACAACUAGAAAUUAUGAUAUUGUUCUGAGGGAGAGAAUAACUUCUCGUUAUAACUAGGACAGGAAUGACUUAAUGGUUUAGCAAUGCUGACAAUCCGACAGACGGGACUAUAAAGGCACAACACAGAACCUGAAGUAGUGACUUGUUGACUCUUUGUCUCAGUGUCUGUCAUUUUGUGUAAAGAGUGGAUCUUAAACUUUCAAAAUUUAAGCAUUAUUGUUUCAGUAUUAGGCAUUGUUUUCAAGAAAAGGUCUAAUUUUUGUAUACUUUUGUGGCAAUAAUGUAGUAACGUUUCAAAAUAUUUAUUAUUUCUCAGUUAUAAAGGACUAAUUUGUUAAAUAAAAUGCCAAUUAUGUCCGGCAGGUCUGAAACAAUGAC